AUGGAGUUCCUGUGGGCCCAGAUGGUGGGAAAGUUGACAGCCAUGCCUACUGGUCUGAUAUAUGCAUCUGUAAGUGUACGUGCUGCCAAAGAAGAGAAGUUCACAAAGCAGCUAGUAAAACCAGAGCAGCUCCCCAUAUAUACUGCACCACCUCUCAAGUCUAAAUAUGUUGAAGAACAGCCUGGUCGUUUACAAAUGGGCUUUGCUUCCAUCCGUACUACAACUGGUCGUUAUGUUGGCUGGUGCAAGGGUGUGUUUGUCUUUGUGAAAAAUGGAAUAAUGGAUACAGUACAGUUUGGAAAAGAUGCAUAUGUUUAUCUGAAGAAUCCACCUGGAGAUUUUCUUCCCAAAAUUGGAGUGAUUACGGUUUCAGGAUUGGCAGGUUUGGUUUCAGCGAGAAAAGGUUCUAGAUUUAAGAAAAUUGCUUAUCCACUGGGACUAACCACUUUAGGAGCAACAGUUUGCUACCCAGUUCAGUCAGUAAUAAUCGCAAAGGUAACUGGGAAAAAGGCAUAUGCUGCAGGCCAGCAAAUUUAUGAAGCAGUUAAAUCAUCAUGGACAAAAAGCAACAAAAAGGAAUCACUACCUGAACAUAAAGAAAAAACUAAGGUAGGAAUUGAUGCUGAGAUAGAAAUACCUACAAAGACAACUCAAGUCCUGAAAAAUUCAGUACCUUUGUCAGCAGAACUCAGCUCUGAAACAAAGGCCAAAUCUGAACCCACCUCAGGUGCUACACAGUUUAUGCCUGACCCCAAGCUCAUGGAUCACGGGCAGUCCCAUCCAGAAGAUGUAGAUAUGUACAGCACUAGAAGCUGA